AUGAAGAUGUGGGGAGGAUCUGUGAAGGUGGAAGCAAAGUUGUCUGAGUCAGAAGGAGCUCCGUCAGAGGAAGGUCAGAGGACGCAGGCCCAGGAGCAUACCAGAGAGGCCCUGUCAAGUGGCAGUGAAGAGAUGUUGUCGAGCUAUUUUCUUUGCAGAGAAGUGGGAAUGGCUGCUCAGCCUCUGGUCCAGGUGGCCAUGUAUUUCACCAUGGCAGAGUGGGCUCUGCUGGAUCCAGGCCAGAAAGCUCUCUACAAAGAAGUCAUGCUGGAGAACUAUGAGAGCACGGUUUUUCUGGCAGCAGAUCUAGAAGAGACAGCUGUGGAAUUCCAGUGGUUCUCUUUGGAAAAAGUCAAGACUCAAAAUGCUGAAGAAAACUAUGGAGAUGGACCACAGAGGCAAGAGGAAAAGCACACAGGAGAUAAUCAGAGUAAUGAGGAGGAUGAGGAACCGCAUCAGGUAUUGCCUGAUGAAGUCAAGAAGGAAGUUGUGAGAAGAAAUGUCAGGAUUCAAGGCAGACUGAGGAAGAAGAAAAUCAGUCACAGAGUGAAGAAGAGGGAUAAAUCCAUUCCUUGUCAAGGUGGGGAGUUCCAAGAAGUUAUUCACCUGUUGGAGGAGUCAUACAAGUGCUUGGAGUGUGGAAUGAACUUCUCAGAUCAAACCCAAUAUACUGUCCAUUUGGGAAUGCACAGUGGAAAGAAGACCCAUCAGUGUCUGGACUGUGGAAAGGCCAUGAUUACCAGAGCAGAGUUUCUUAGACAUCUAAGAACACAUACAGGAGAGGAACCUUCUAACUGCUCAGACUGUUCUAAGAGCUUCUCAGAGAAACCAGACCUUGCUCAAUGUCAAAGAAUUCCUACAAGAGAGAAGCCUUUAAUCUAUUCCAAGAGUGGAGUACUGUUCUUGAAUGGAAAAGAGAGUAAUAUGCAUGUUUCAAAGCACAGUAUAAUGAACACACGCCGAUGCUUUCAGUGCGGAAAGUACUUCAGAUACAAAUCACAGUUCCUUGUACACCAAAGGACCCACGGAGUUGGGAAACCUUUUGAAUGCUCACAGUGUGGCAAGAAAUUCAAUGAGAAUUUCCUUCUUAUACAACAUCAAAAAGCCCACAGAGGGGAGACGUUUUUAGAGUGCUCAGAGUUUGGGAGGAGAUUCAGUAGGAGUGGCACUUUUAAACAACAACAAAGAAUCCAUAAAGGAGAGAAGACUUUUGAAUGCUCACAGUGUGGGAAGAGCUUCAGUCGGAGGGACCAUCUUCAGCUGCAUCUAAGAACGCACACAGGGGAGAAGCCUUUUGAAUGCUCAGAGUGUGGGAAGAGAUUCAGUUGGAAUGACAGUCUUCAAAAACAUCUAAGAAUCCAUUCAGGGGAGAAACCUUUUAAAUGCUCAAAGUGUGGGAAGAGAUUCAGUCAGAGCAGCCAUCUUCAACCGCAUCAAAGAACCCAUUCAGGGGAGAAGCCUUUUGAAUGCUCAGAGUGUAGGAAGAGAUUCACUAACAGUAGCAGUCUUCAAAAACAUCUAAGAAUCCAUUCAGGGGAGAAACCUUUUGAAUGCUCAGAGUGUGGGAAGAGAUUCAGUCAGAGUAGCCAUGUUCAACAGCAUCAAAGAACCCACACAGGGGAGAAGCCUUUUGAAUGCUCACAGUGUGGGAAUAGAUUCAGUCUGAGUCACCAUCUUAAAGAGCAUCAAAGAACCCACACAGGGGAGAAGCCUUUUGAAUGCGCAGAGUGUGGGAAGAGAUUCAGUCACAGUAGCCAUCUUCAAAGUCAUCUCAAAAUCCACACAGGGGAGAAGCCUUUUGAAUGCUCAGAGUGUGGGAAGAGAUUCAGACACAGUAACACUCUUCAACUGCAUCAAAGAACCCACACAGGGGAGAAGCCUUUUGAAUGCUCAGAGUGUAGGAAGAGAUUCAGUGACAGUAGCAGUCUUCAAAAACAUCUAAGAAUCCAUUCAGGGGAAAAACCUUUUGAAUGCUCAGAGUGUGGGAAGAGAUUCAGUCACAGUAUAGCUCUUCAAAGUCAUCUCAGAACCCACACAGGGGAGAAGCCUUUUGAAUGCUCAGAGUGUGGGAAGAGAUUCAGUCACAGUAUAGCUCUUCAAAGUCAUCUCAGAACCCACACAGGGGAGAAGCCUUUUGAAUGCUCAGAGUGUGGGAAGAGAUACAGUCAGAGUGGGACUCUUCAAAGUCAUCUCAGAACCCACACAGGGGAGAAGCCUUUUGAAUGCUCAAAGUGUGGGAAGAGAUUCAGUUGGAAUGGCAGUCUUCAUAAACAUCUAAGAAUUCAUUCAGGGGAGGAGCCUUUUGAAUGCUCAGAGUGUGGUAAGAGAUUCAGUCACAGUAGCAGUCUUCAACAGCAUCAGAGAACCCACACUGGGGAUAAGCCUUUUGAAUGCUCAGAGUGUGGGAAGAGAUUCAGUUGGAAUGGCAGUCUUCAAAAACAUCUAAGAAUCCAUUCAGGGGAGAAACCUUUUGAAUGCUCAGAGUGUGGGAAGAGAUUCAGUCAGAGUAGCCAUCUUCAACAGCAUCAAAGAACCCAUACAGGGGAGAAGCCUUUUGAAUGCUCAGAGUGUGGGAAGAGAUUCAGUUGGAAUGGCAGUCUUCAAAAACAUCUAAGAUUCCAUUCAGGGGAGAAACCUUUUGAAUGCUCAGAGUGUGGGAAGAGAUUCAGUCACAGUAGCACUCUUCAACAGCAUCAAAGAACCCACAGAGGGGAGAAGCCUUCUGAAUGCUUAAAGCAGGAGAGUUGA